ACCUUUUUUUUUUUCGUUCCUCAGAUCCUAAAUUUGAAUUUAAGAUCAAUGAUGACUAAAGACGAAGACUUUAAGUUUCUAAAGAUUCAGACAUGGACUCUGAGAGUGAGCAUACACUGUGAUGGGUGUCACCAGAAAGUCAAGAAGCUGCUUCGAAGGAUCGAAGGAGUGUAUCAUGUGAAGAUAGAAGAAGAGCAGCAGAAGGUUACUGUUUCAGGGAGUGUGGAUUCAGCUACUCUGAUCAAGAAGCUGGUUAGAGCCGGCAAACACGCCGAGCUCUGGUCCCAACCCAUGUCCAAGAACCCUAGCUCUCCUAACCAUAUCCCCAAAAGCAAAGGCCAGAAGCAGCAGGGAUCUGCUUACAAGCCCAAAAAGGCAGAGAAAGACGAAGGAGAAGACGAGGAGGAGGUCGAGUUUGAGCCGAGUCAACAAGGCCUUGACCAUGCAGACACCGCCAAGACAAACGACCCCAUGCAUUGCGACAAGAAUCUCACCGGCGUUGCACGUGGGAAGAUGGAUCAGAGAUUGAAAAAUGCAGAAGGGAAGAAGGUGGGUGAUGACAGUGGAGGGGAGGGGAAUGAGAUCGGAAAGCUGAUGGGUCUCGCCGGUUUCAACGCGAAGAACGCCGCCGUGAAUCUGAACGGGAUAAGGCCAGAAACCAACAUCAAUGGCGGCAACAGCAAUGUCAGCGCAAGCUUCAAUCAAGGCUACUUAAUGAGUCAGUACCACCCAGUUGCAGGAAGCAUGAGCUAUCAUCAUCCAUCGACAAUGAUGAUGAUGAUGAACAACAACAGGCAGCAGAUGAUGUACCAGAGGUCGCAUCUCGUGCCUUCAAGCACUGGGUAUUAUUACGGUUAUGCCCCGACUCCUUAUCCUUAUUACCCGUAUUGCCCUUACGCGACCGAGCAGCAGCAACCCAAUCACAGUGGCGGGGGAUCCCACGCUGAGAGAGACGGCUGCUCCGUCAUGUGAAGCCGACAGGAUAGAUACAAGGGUUUUUGUGACAAAGAUGGGUAUCUUAAUGUAAUAAUUCUGUAUUAUAUGGUUAGGAGUUUGAGAUUUUGGUAUUUCAGUUGUUAAGGCACUUUUGGACUGACUGGCAUGAAAUUGUGACGGCUACUCUCCAAUGGAUAUUAGUAUUAAUUGU